AUGACUGUUUGCUGGGUGCAGUUGGAACAUUUUGUGUGUUUUUCACAGCCAAAACUCUACACAUUUGAACUUCUGGAUCUUGUGGCAUCCCACUUCAAAUUGCAAGAAAAACACUAUUUUGGACUAGCUUUUCUGGAUGAAACAUCACAUUUCAACUGGUUACAUGGAGAAAAGAAAGUUUUGGAUCAUGACUUCCCAAGGAAAAGUGGAGUUCUUCAGUUACAUUUCUCUGUCCGAUUCUAUGUGGACACUAUUGGCAUACUGCCAGAUUCCCAGACAGUGGAACUUUUCUACCUCAAUGCUAGGCAAGCAGUGUUCAGGGGGCAAAUUGAGUGCGACAGUGAAACAGUGUUGGAGCUAGCAGCACAUGUUUUACAAGCAUGCAAGGGAGACUUUACCAGUGAUGAAGAAACAAGGGAGCACUUAAAAAGGCUACCAGUUAUACCAACACGCACUCUAAAAGAACACCCAUCAAUCAGUUACUGUGAAGAGAAAGUCAUUGGUUACUAUAAAAAGCUCCUAGGAACAUCAAGAGGCCUCGCAAUUGUGAACUACAUGACAAUUGUAGAAAGACUUCCCACAUAUGGAAUACAUUACUAUGAAGUGAAGGACAAAAGAGAAAUACCAUGGUGGCUUGGCAUUAGCCCCAAAGGAAUAGCUGUAUAUGACAAAAAUGAUAAGACAACACCACGGAGGCUCUUCACUUGGAAGCAUUUAGAAAACUUGUAUUAUCGGGAUAAAAAGUUUUCAAUAGAAGUUCAUGAUCCCAAACGUAUCGUGCACACACUGAGCAGUUUCAACUUGUAUGAAGAUGCCAUUCGUGAGCCCGUUGAACAAUAUGACGACCUGUCCGAUGCAAUCACAGACCCCACCACUCAGUAAGUUUCUGUGAGUCGCAGGACGUUUGGCACCAGUAGUGUCAAUGUGCAUGCAUGGCUGGCCUCCAGCCCACAACUGACCAGCAUCUGGUCUAUGGCAGUUGCCCAGCACAAGUUCUACCUGGACAGGAAGCAGAGCAAGAGCUCGUUAACAGCUGCUCGUAGCAUGAGUGAGAUUGCAGCAGACCUCAGUCGCAGUAGCACGUCCCUUGUUGACUCGGAUCUAAGCCGGAGUGCCAGUUCACAAUCAUUGCCAAGUCUUGGGGGCUCCAGAUUUGAUUUAAACAUGGAGAACUUAGAGUCUCAGAAGGCUGAGCGAGAAAUGUUCAAGGCUUUGAAGGCCAGGAAGGAAGCACUUGAAGAGGCUUUGCGCAGCAAGCUUGAGGAACUGAAGCUGCUUUGCUUUCAGGAAGGGGAGCUCACUGGAGAGCUGCCAAAAGAAACACCGUUAGAAGCAGGUGAACGAGUUCCCACAUUUCGACGGCGUAUUGGAACAUCAUUUGCUCUUUCGCCAAAGACAAUUCACAAGAAAGACCAGAAUGAGGACCAUCUUGCCACACUGGAAUUGGAGUACGAGCUGCAGAGCAAGAUAACGUCAGCUGCCCACAGUUUAGCCCAUGACAAGUCGGUCAGCAAGUAUGUGCGCAAACAACGACGACAGGCAUACAGCCGAGCUUCCACCAAGUUAAAAGAAAUGGAAAAGAAGCUGACAGAAGCCAGGAGAAAAAGCAGCAGGACCAGGACCAGAGAUGACAGACAAGAAAACAACCAAGCUGUAUCCGGUGAAUCUAAAUAUGGUGACCAUGACAUUAUUGGGGGGGAUCAUCACAGACAUUAUGUACAAGACAAGCAUCAU